GGCAAGUGGGGGUUCUUUCAAGAGUAAGCUGACUAGAGGUGGUAGAAUGGACGUGGAACCACUUGAGAGAGAUGGAAGGGCGCAGGUCCCGGGCGAUUACCGCCUGGAAGAGGAAAGGGUUAGAGAGAUGGUAAGGGCAUGUUUCGAGGAAGGUAUCCUUCCAACGAACAUUGACCCCGGAGAAAUGGAGGUGAGUGGAAGGGAGGUGAAAUUCACUCUCAACGCCUCCUUGGACGAGAUUAAAAUCCGAUGGUUAAAAGAGAGAACAGUCACGGUGAUUUUUCGCGAUUGGGCUAGGUUUCUGCCAAAAAAAGUGAAAAAAGAUGUAGUCAGAGCAUAUGAGGACGUGUGGAUUCGGGACGACGUUUUCGGGGAGGAAUUUAAAAGGGGUAGGAUUAAGGUGGAGAGCCCGAACGUCGUGUCGUAUGUUCCAAGGGCACAGGAGAUCACUGAUUGGAUGUUGCAGAAGAAGUCUGACUUCAUCGAUUUGGCAGGCACCAUGUAUCGAACCGAAUUUAAACCGUGGUUGACUCGGGCCGAAAUCCGAGAUUGGCGACAACUGGUGGACCACAAUGCUUUUUGGGUGGUUGCUGUCGGCAUCCCUCUGGAUGAAAUGCCAUUCAUCCAUGUUCAUAUUGAGAAAGCGAUAGGGAAGGUUAUUAAGCAGCACAAGCCAGAUGCGAAUGAGUCUGAUCCAAAGCUGGUCAACUUGAGGUUUGAUGUUGCCCCCGCUUGCAAAAGCAAUAUGAAGGAUAAGUUUUCAAUUCAAACAUGUCAAGGUGAUAUCCUAGAGGUCAAGUUGGCCGGUCCGGAGUCAGAGUGGUGUAAGCGCUGUCGCUCUUUCUUUCAAACGGAAGACACCUGCCGGCGACUGGGCAGGAGAGCUCAAGGUGGAAUCAACAAUAACCAGCCUCAAGAUUCUGCAACGGGAUCUCGACAACCAAGACCAAGUUAUAAUGGGUCACUGCAAGCACCGGGGGCAGCCUCUCAGCCGGCGGUGCAACCGGCCAGUACUCCUUUGAACGUACAGCAGCAUCCAGCUAUCAGAAUGGACCCCACCUUCUCUCCUUCGAGAGGGCAGGUUCAGCAGCAUGGAGUUCCACUUCAAGGCACAGGUCAAGGACAAACCGCUUCGGUCGAAGCUGCCUGGGCAGCUUACUUCAACAGUUUUCCUCCACCGUUGGGGGCGGGUUUGCAACCCGGUUUGGGGCCAAUGCAAUACCAGAUGGGGAUGAACCCAUCGAUGUCAAAUCUGCACGCGUUCUCCCCGUGGGUGGCUUCGGUCCCCGUACAGGGAGGGAUCUCAGGAAACAGAGAAGCUACGCAGAUGCAACAAAUGGUAUCACCUGCAGGGAGGAACCUCCCAGUUGCAAGCGGAAGUCGUGUACGUGGCGAAUCCCCUGGGAAACAACAGAGGGUAAGUGAAGGUGACGUAGACAUCCAAGUGGAUAUUCAGACGGAAAAUUUUGGUAGCUCUACAGGCUCCCAGGCUGCUCCGUCAACAGCAGGUAAGCGGAAAUUCUCUCGACUUCGAAUGGAUGCCUUGUCAAAAGGCCAAGCCAUUGUUGAAUCUAAGGUAGGAAACCAGAAUUGUGACGGAUCAGGGUUUCACCCUCAGUGUCUGUCGAAUUUCUGUCGGAUGUGAACAUGAAACUGGGUAGGGAAAGGAAGUUGGAUUCUCCAUUUUUGAAGCGGUAUUUAAAUGAAGCUUGGCCCCCUGA